AUGGUUUAUCUAUUUGACAUCCCUGCUUUUUUUAUUAUUUUGCGUGAAACGCUCGAAGUUUCGAUCGUUCUUGCUGUACUCCUAGGCGUUAUUGACAGUCUUUUCCCUGAUGAUAAAGAUAACGCCUUGCGAAAGCAGUUUAAAAAACAACUAUGGAUUGGGACAUUUUUAGGAUUAAUUGUGUCACUGAUCCUUGGUAGUGUUUUUAUUGCUGUUUUCUACACCGCUGCCAAAAAUUUAUGGGAAGAAAGUGAACCUGCGUGGGAGGGCUCCUUUGCUCUUAUUGCCACUAUCGUUAUAACUAUAAUGUCGUUAGGUAUGAUUCGUUUUCAGCAAUGGAGAAAAAAAUGGGAAACCAAACUCCAAGGUAAAACCGAAUUAUAUCUCGAACGACAUAAUAAAGGAAACAAAUGGGCGCUAAUAUUACUGCCCUUUACCGUCAUUUGCCGCGAAGCAUUGGAAGCAAUUGUAUUUAUUGCUGGGGUUGGUUACAAUAAAGAUCCCUCCGGCCUUCCUAUCCCUAUUAUUACGGGUCUUAUUACCGGCUUCUUCAUAGGAUGGCUCAUAUAUAGAGGCUCUCACACUGUUUCGCUUAAAAUAUUUUUCAUCGCCACAACUACCUUAUUAUUAUUCAUUGCUGCUGGUCUUUUCUCUAGAGCCGUUUAUGAAUUUCACGAAAUCUCUGGUGCCCAAAAGAUCGUUGUUUGGGAAUUAAAUUGUUGUGAUCCGGAAGCAGAAAAUGAACAUUUUUGGUCUAUCAUGGGUUCAAUAUUUAGUUGGAGAAAUGUGGCUACUGUUGAUUCAACAGUUAGCUAUUUCGCUUAUUGGCUUGUAAUAAUUAUUGUGUCUGUGAUAAUCAUAAUACGCGGAAAGAAAGCCGAUAACGAUGCCAUUGACACCAUAGAACACAAUGAUUCUAGCGAAAAAGGCGAAAAAGACGAAAAAGACGUAGCAAAUAUCGAACUCGUUUAG